UUGUUUCCAAGAUGAUCAAACCUAGCCUAAUCCAAGAAUGGGCGGAAGAUAUAUCAGCCAAGCUGCGUGAUGUGGAGAGGCAGGUGGUCCGUAGAGAGUUCCUGCUGAAGAACUUCGCGGACAUCAAGAUAGAGACUCGGGACGGGUCAGCGAUCGUGGACAAGGUCGCCGCAGCUCUGGAAGACCUCCUCCAAAGACGCGCAGAGGCCGCUGAGGCUAUCGGACGCGCGGCCGAGGAGCUCGCCUCUAAAGGCUCGGGUCCGAUCCGUGCGCCUUCAGAUUACAUCUUUGAUAAUAGUAUUAACCUGGGUGAGCUGAAGAAAGUGCCGAAGAAGCCAGACAGCGAGUGGGAGAUCAUCAACAACUGCAGCAGCUCCCGAAGGGUGGUGCUCAAGAACUUGUCUCACUUCGGCCGCGGCGCCGAGGUUGAGCUCGAUAUCACCAGCGCCAAGGUGGCGUCCGAGGUCUUCGAUUGCGAUCCCCGCAUACUUGAACACAUGUACUGGUCAGAAGAGCUGCUACAUACAUUUCGCCACAACUACGCCCAAGACGCGAUGACGGACUUCCAAUAUUUCUGUAGUGCCAAGGGGUUUCUGAGACACUAUCCCGCGGCUUCUUGGGAGUCAAUGUUCCAACUGAAGCUCGGCUCGGAUGACGAAGACGAGGAAGGCCCGGCAGACGUGUACGACUGCAGACUCCGCCCCUGGUACGUGGCCGCCACCGGAGCCCCCCGGGACAUCCUCAUCCUCUUCGACAACUCGGGGUCCAUGGUCAACUCCACGAAUAAAGUCCACGCCCUUAAAUUCACCCAAACGCUGCUGAAUGCCCUAAGCGACGAUGACCAAGUCAACGUAUUGCGAAUGAGAUAUUACACGCAGUCUCCUAUCUACUGCUUCCACGAUAUGCUUGUUCCCGCCAACUACGUCAAUACAGCUGCGAUAAUGGCUACAAUGACGGCGCUAAAGUUCAACAAUGUGUCGCGAAUCGCUGAGGCACUCGACGUGUCUGUGACGCUAUUGAAGCAGCAGCAACUGCGGACAGAUAGACCUAAAUCUUGCCAGCAAGCUAUAGUGGUUCUGUCUGACACUAUCGAAGAAAACUUUACCGACAUCAUGAGGAAAUUAAAUCCAGAAGGAGACAUCAGGCUAUUUGUGGUGUGGCUCCACGACGUAUGGGGCUUGCGAGAUCGUUCCCGGCUGUACGGCGAAUGGCUGAGCUGCACCAGCGACGGAUACUUCUCAGAGCUGGUCACCGAUUACGACGUCACGGAGCAAGUCAUGCAGAUUCUGAGGGUUCUGGAGAGACCGCUCGUGCAUCAACGCAAACAUCGACCAAGAGUCUUCAGCGAUUUGUACGCCCAUGUUGAGGACCCAAGAAGAGGCGAGUUCUAUUGGCGACAGAAGGAGAACAUGGAACAAGCGUACCGCUACAAACAACUCAGGCGCAACAAGGAGAGUUUCCUCUCCGCAGAACAGUAUUACAAAGACUACAUGCAUCAGCAGAGCCUCGAUAUCUAUGGACAUUACUACGAAGGUGAAGAUUUAAAAUACAAAUAUCAAAUAAGUGUAUCAGUGCCUGUGUUCGAACAUACGACAAUUGAGAACAUAACAAUCGUGCUCGCGGAGGAAAAGCAAAGGAAUUCUACAAGAACGUACCCCGUUAACCGGUUGUUGGGUGUAGCCGGCGUCGACAUACCGAUAGACCACUUGAAGUUAAUGCUACCUUAUUAUCAGUUGGGAGCAGGUGGAUCCCUGUUCAUCGUCGACCACCGGGGCAACAUUGUUCUUCACGAGAAUAUUAAGCCCACUUUCGACGGAGAUAUCUUGAAGCCCGGUUAUCGCACUGUUGACAUAUUAGACCUGGAGCAGCCCGGCAUUGAUCUACCUCCGAGGAAUUAUUCAGCAGAGUGGCUUGAGUUUCGGAAUGCUUUGGUGAUUCAGCAUAGUAAAGGCAGUAGGGUUAUGUACAGUAAGUAUAUCUUUGAGCAUGGGAUGAGAGCGAUCCUGGAGCACAGAGAGUACCACUGGAAGAGGGUACAGAACCACUACACAGUCGUCGUGGUACUGCCGAAGUACAACAAACGCCACGCAGUCCCUGACGGUUCCUUCACCAUGGAGCUAGCUGCCAAAGCCAACCAAUCAUUCGGCUCAGAACUCUCGGUGCAUCCGGACUGGUUGUAUUGUAAGCACGUGGAUCAACAGUUCGACGAACCAGAGUUUGAAGUCCGACACUUCGUGCGCCGGCGCAGCGAAGAACGCGAUUUCAAAAUGCAGAACUUGUACCACCGCUUCUCGCCCUUCCAACCCACAAUUUUCGAGAAAACUUAUCUAUGUAACGAGGAGCUGAUGGCUCGACUGUGCAAGGAAGCUAUAUCCACGGAGCAGUGGGCGGAGGAGCACGAAGACCCUGACCUGGGCCGCGAGUGUCGCGCCUGCGAGCUGGGGUCCGUCACCGCAUUCUUUGCUAGCGAGAGCGGCCUAACCCGUUGGCAGCAGUACCACAUGGCGUCAGCACACGCGGACCCCCCCGCCGGCAGCGAGUGGCCUCGCGGGCCCUCCGAGGUAUGGUACAAGCGAGCCGUGGCCACUCCUGACACGCUCGUCAUCCACGCGCCCGUCACGCCCAUACGCAAGAUGCGAUACAGUGACGUUAAACCGCCAAGUUUCACAAUACGAGACACGUGGCUGACUGCAGCGCGCACACUCGGAUACGGAAACAAAGGCAUGAUCGGCGUCGCCGGGUACCACUUCCACCCGCUGCACCUCGAGGACAUACUGCGACUUACUACCAACCGACCUUGUACAGAUGAAGACGACUGCGAGCCACGUUGUGACGGCGAGGACUGGACAUGCGUGCUGAUAGACGAGGGCGGCUGGAUCGUGGCGGGGCACCCUCGCGACGAGGACUCCGUCUCGCCGGAGGACCCCGCCCGGGAACACCUGGCGCGGACACACCCGCUCGCCAUGAGGAUCCUGCUUGAAGCACAAGUCUUCAAGCUACACUGGAUACACGACUACCAAGGCGUGUGCUUCCCGCCUGAAUUUGAAGACAUCUUUGAAUCUGCUACAAAAAUGAUACCAUCCAUAAUUACAUCAAUCUGGCGAACUGUCAGCGUAGUCCUCUUUGUAACAAAAGAAUUAUUAGCACUUCUUGCACUGGUCAGCUCGGGAGGGUUGGUGUCAGCAGAUACAGAGUUCGAGAAAGAGAAGCGGCGACGACGACUCUGGAAGGACUACCAACGGGAAAAAUACGAAAGACUGUACGACGAGCGCGUUUUGGUAAACAGGACACGAUUCACAGCCUGCGACCGAUCGCGAGCUUUGUACGAGUUACAGCGAACUCCGAAAGCGUUAGCGACGUUGAAGCAGCCGCCCAACAACUGCACGUGGCCUAUGGUGGGAGUGGUGGUGCCGGAGACGAAUCUAGUGCUCCUCGCAAUCUUCAACCUGUGCCCGUACUCGGGGCGACCCGUCCCUGAUCCUCUCAUAAAUGAACCGGUGGACAUGCGGACGUCGCUAGGCGCGGACCAGUGGGGCGACCAGCUGUCUGCGGCCCGGCUGGCGUGCUGGCGCAAUCAAGUGCCGCUGCCCGUGCGCGCGCCGCACACCGCCUGCUACCCACACAACUACUCACAGGAGGUUGGCUACCGGCAAUGCGGGCCUUGGCUACCAGACCCUGAAGAGGCAGACCACUCCACCAUCAAUUCUUUGGAUCGGUUUCUCUUGUUAACUAGUUUUAUUUUUUAUAAUAUUAUAGGGAACUUUCAUUAAAUUAUGACUGUGCUAAUGUACAGACACUCAUGUAUUUUACAUUUAUUUGCUAAUUAAAAGAAUUAAGCUUAAAAGUGCCGAAAGUAAAAAGUUCCUAUUUAUCUUUAAUUCCAAUUCGAAGUAAGCGCAAGAGUUUCAAGUGUGUGAAGUUAAGCAUUAAAACACUACGAAAGUUAUUAAAGGGGUUGUUUCAAUAAAAC